AUUCUGUGCUCCUCAAUGCUUUAUUCUUCUGCUAUAUAAUUUCAGACUUGUUUUUUUGUGCCCCCUCUAGAAAUUUAUAUAAGAAGUAAAAUGUCAUGAUCUCAAAAUUUUCAUUAGAUUUCAUUGUCCGUUGCAUAUUGCACUGCCAGUCAAAUAUACCCUAUUGCAUCAGUAAUGUCAUUAGCAUUGACUUCUGCCACUGCGCGCUUGAAGAGCAGAGCGGCGGAGGGCGUUUGGCUUCCUGCUCAACUGAAUAUGCUAAGAAAUUGGAGUGUGUGUGUGUGCAGCGUGAUGACCUCAUUAAUUUUCAAUCUGAGCUGGAUUACAUGCCUGCUGCCCAGUUGUCCAGCUGACGGCCACGCCCACAGUCAGGCGCAUGAUGAAUCUCUUCCCUGAUUUCGUGCCGCAUUCCUUGUGCCCCGCCCACCAUUUGGCCCCUCUGCCGCUCUAAUUUAUGAUGAUAAAUGAGUUUCAAUCAAGCGGCAGAAGUGAAGCCAAAGUCGGCCAGUUUCCGUCGCGGCCGCAGCUCCUUGUGCCUUGCGCCUUGCGCCUUGACGAUCCUGCAGGACCUGAAGCAGGAGCAGGAGCAGAAGCAGGAACAGGAACAGCAUCAGUCCAGUGGAAAUUUGCCCGCCACUUGCUAUCCCCACAUACCCACUCCGCAGAAACAAGCUCAAAAACCAUAUCAUAUCAAAGCAGACCAUAAUCCAACCCAUGCCCCAGCAUUUAUUGCACUUUGGCAGGAACGCACUCAAGCAAUUUAUAAAGCACAAAGGUUAAUGGCAACACGGGAAGCACAGAGCAGAAAAACGGGCCAAAGGGAAUUCAGGAUCUACGCUCUACAAAUUAAAAGUAUUAACUGCAGCUAA